UCGUUUGUUCUGGCUAUAACUGGUUCUUGCUGCUUGAUGACUGGCUUCGUCUCUCUCCUUCAGUACCUGACUAUCAUUCUCUUUAAUUAUAGUGAAUACUGUCAGACUCUCUUGUAUUGGAUCAAGUAUUUUGGUUUACUUGUUUCACUGGCGUUUUAUUUCAUUAACGUGUAUACAACAGUACAGCAGUCACUUACUUAUACACUGAUCAUUUCUUUAUUAACUGCUGCUCAUAAGUAUCUCACUACCAGUGUUUCCCUUAUUUGUAAUAGUGAAUACUGUCAGACUCUCUUGUAUUGGAUCAAGUAUUUUGGUUUCACACUGUUGCUUCAUUUCAUUAACUUGUAUAUAACAGUACAGCAUUUGCUUAGUUAUACUCUGAUCAUUUCUUUGUUAACUGGAGCUCAUUUUGUUACGUAUCUCACUACCAGUGUUUCCCUUAGCUCUAAUAGUGAAUACUGUCAGACUCUCUUGUUCUUGUAUUGGAUCAAGUAUUUUGGUUUCACACUGUUGCUUCAUUUCAUUAACUUGUAUACAGCAGCAAUUUUUACAGUCCUAUACACAGUGACCAUCUAUACUGUUUAUUGUCCUAUAAACACAUUUUAUUCCUUGUUUUUUUGGUUCAGUACUAUAAUGGCACAAUUACACAUGAACUUAGUUACUACAAGUGUCAUGAAUGGCUUAAAGUUUUUGAUGCCAUGGACGAUAACACAAUUUGAUGAGUCAUUUACCGUUUUAGAAUUUUUUAAUGAGACUGUGAAGCCCCGGUUGGACAUUGAAUGCCUUUUGCUGUCUGCCCUUGUUGGACAAGAAAGACAUACGCUUGUGCUUGUUGAUAUAAAUUUGCCACUCUCUGCUCUAGUCCCUGAAUAUGGUCGAUAUUUACAGUAUAAAGUUCAGUCUACUGACGAUGGUGUUGUUACUGCCACUGAUACGGAUGAGAGUUUUUCAUUGUCAGUUCCUGAACCUGUGAGAGAAAGAAAUAGGAAAGAUGUUUUAUAUAAUCGGAUUAUUUCAUUUUUUAACUCUUCAUCAGUUGGCUGGUUACAGGACGAAAUCACAUUGGCAAAUAAACUGUUAGUCACUCUAAGGGAUAUUUUCUGGCAUAUUGAUGGUCAUUUCCAUGUAUUUGAUAGAGUCAAGAAACCUAUUCCCUCCAUUUUUAAUAUCUUUACUGGGUUUAAUAUUCCUGAGCAAUCAAAGCAUCGUAAGAGACGAACUGGAAAUAUUUGUGCCGAUCAGCUUCGUGGAUUUGCACUGGAUCUUUCACAGCUUUUAUUGGAGUGCUACUGGGAAAGGGAGACAUGGAAAGACCUUAAGCCACAUUUUGUGGAUCUCUUUUCAAGUCUCAGUUGUUAUUCUGAGUACUUAAUUGACAAAAAUAAAAGAUCGAAGGAAAAUCACAAAAGCCCUACUCCUGUUCGUGAGUUAUCAGAUCACUUUUCUACACAAGUACUAGAAGAAUCAGAAUCUGUUCCUUCAUCUCUGUCUGCUAUUGAUAAGCUAGUAUCGAGUCAGUCUGUAUAUGCACAUACUUCGAUUGAUCAUCUGCUACCUUCAGAGUCUUUGAAAAAGCACAGACUUAUAAAUUUGUUGACUGAAAGUGGGCUAUCUUGUCGUGCCAUGCUUUUGAUGUAUGCUCCAGGUGGUAGUAUCGCAAACCUUCAUUUUAUGUGGCCGUUGCCACUAGAUAUUAGUGAUGAAUCUAUACUACAUCAGAGGAGUCAAUCUACCAUUGAAAAAAUUAAACUGUUACUCCCUGUCUUUCAUACUAGAGCAAUGAAGAGAGCAAUGUUUGACAAAUUUGGCCGCAUUUCAAAGAAUGUCAAACCUUUUCAGCUGAGGUAUUUUUAUAAGGAACUUACAGGUGAUAGUUCUGCUUCAUCUACUACUGAUGAAGAUGUAAUAGAUAAAAGAAUCAAAGAGAUUGUGGAAAUGGAAGAUUAUGAUAUUAUUGAUGAUCUUAGAAAGCAUAAUGGUAUUAGAUCAACCCGUUAUGAUGUUUUUUGGGAGCAUUGUAAUGAUUUUCUGAAUGAAGAUAUAGGAUAUGUUGUUGAUGAGCGUAGACAUGGCCAGAUCACACAUUUGGCACGGGCAAUAUCAAUCAGAGACUUCAUCGAUCAAGUGAAGGCCCUAUGUCCAGAAGGUACACCUAUACCAUGUGAAGAGUGGGUCAGGUUGCAGUUUUGGCCAAAGACUCCUUCGGCCAAGGCAUCAUUACAGCAUACUGGUCGUUUUACUAUGAAGUUCAUGAUUCAGCAAAGGCAGUGGAGACAGAACCAUCCCGACUCACACUAUGCAGCUGCUUGUUUUAGAUACAAGAGGGAAUAUGCCCUACAGAUUCGCUCUGAAUGUUCAUUUAUAUGCCUUGAUGACAAGCAUAAGAUUAAGAUCGGUGAACCUGGUUACCCUGUGGCUUCAGCUUUGAGAGGAAAGAAGGUAUCUGUACGAAGUGAUGAAACAUUGGCAGUAGGAGAUCACAACUUUACCAAGUUCUCCGUAAUACCCUCUGUGAUCUUUUCAAUUGAUAUUCCAGAUGAAAUUUCUGAAUCUUGGUACAAAGGUGCUGUUUUUGUGGGAGUAAAAGAUCUUAUAUAUGAGCCAUCAUCUCCAUUUCGGCACAUGACUGAGCUAUACAAAGUUCUUCAAAGCCAAUCUUUUUCAAAGCCUGUACUUUUUAUAUAUUCUGACGGAGGCCCUGAUCAUAGGCUCACCUACAUUAAUGUCCAGCUGUCACUCAUAUGCCUGUUUUUAAAGUAUAACCUUGAUUAUUUAUGUGCAGGGAGAACAGCACCACAUCAUAGUUGGAGAAAUCCUGUUGAACGUAUUAUGUCUGUUUUAAAUUUGGGUCUCCAAUGCGUAGGACUUGCACGCUCUGAAAUGUCAUCAGAAUUUGAAACUGUUAUUAGGAAGUGCAGUAAUUUAUCUGAUCUUCGACAGCAAUUGACAUCAUGUAAAGAAGAAUUGAGUGAUUCUCUUUCUCAUGUUAAAAUUCGUCUACAUAGUUUAUUUAGUCGUCUUCAACUUCAUGGCAAGGCAUUUGAAAUAUAUCAUUCAGCUACAAAUGAGGAGUUAAGUGAAUUUUGGUCUGCACUCAUAGCACUAGAUUCCACUUUGAUGGAGGGUGGCACUUACAGGAAGGACAAUAUCAGUCAGCAUGUAAAAGUUGCUGAAUUCAUUGAGCAUUGCUGCCAGCGAUCCCACUAUACUUUUGACAUUUUAAAAUGUGGCAAGUUGACUUGUUCAUUAUGUAAACCACCCCGAUUGCCACUCUCAUCUUUUAAAGAGUUAAAACACAUACCUCACCCGAUGCCCAUGGAAGAUGGCCACUAUCUGCCCUUCUUAGAAGCAUUCAAUAGUAUUAUGUCAGAAGAGCACCGUCCGAGUUAUGUAGCUAAAACUAAGGUACCGAAAAAGCAAAAGCACUCUCUACCUUUUCGAGGUACAGUACAGCACGUCAAAAAUGCUAGUAUCAUGGUCCAGUGUGCUUUAUGCAAUAUGUGGAGGCUGGUAUUUUCUAGAUUUAAGCUAGAUCAGAGAUGCUGCUCACCGUCAGACACUGCAGGAUAUUUUGGAUGA